UUGCCUUUGUAUUUUAAAUAAUUAUUCUUUGAGAUACCGUAAUGCAGAAGAGCUUUAGUGAACCCUCUUUAGGAACUAUCGGAACUGGAACGAUUUCCUUAAAUGCAAUUGCAAUGAGUCAUAUGAGUUUACAUCAAAACAAAAUAAAAUCAACAAGAUUCAAGGGUAAUUUUAUGUGGAAUGGCCGAAUUGGAAUCGUUACAAGUUUUAUGCUCGACCUUCCAUGGAAAUUGUCGUGGCAGAUAUUUAUACUAGUGUUGAUAAUCUAUAAAUUUAUCAUUCAUCUACUCGUCGUAUAUUAUUUGGAGAAGACAUUGUUAAUAUUGGAAGCAACACUUAUUAUAGCCGAAGUUUUCUUUACGGUUGACGUUAUUUUACAUUUACUUCACGCGUUUUGGCCUCUAGUCAGACUGCAUAUGAGAGUCUUUAAAAGGAACUACGUCGUGCUGUUUUAUGACGUCAUAUCUUUAGCGCCAUUAUCAAUUAUAUUUAAAUACAACCCAAAUUAUAUAUAUUUAGCAACGAUUGGCAGUUGGUUGGGUGUUGGAAGAAUUUAUAGAAUGUAUGUUCUAUUUACAAAUAUCAAAGAAACAGUAAGUAUGCGAAGCUAUCGUAUGAAAGUAUAUAUUACGGAACAUGUGUUAUCAGUGAUCUUGUUAUCACACAUCAGCACAUGCCUGUGGUACUCAAUGCACGUGCCACAAUCUGAUAUGAAAGAAUGGCAUAAGCUCGGAUAUCCCGAACAUGUUAAUAGAAAAAAGUUGCAAUUUAAUAGUUACGAAUCUUGCUGGUAUUAUUGUACGUGUCGGUUAUUUAAUGUAAUUUUUGGCGAUUCUUUUCCAUUGCGUGCAAGUGAAAAAUUGCUUACAUCAUUUUUAAUGCUAUUCGGUUGCGUUUUCCUGCGUUACCAAUUCAUUGGAAACUUAACAUGGGAAAUGGUUCUGAAGCAACGGCGAUGGUUUACGUUCGUAGAUAGAUAUCACCACAUGAUAAACUAUUUAAAAUUACGCGGAGCCUCGGCUACCUUGACCGAACAGACUGAAAGAUAUAAGACUCAGCUUUGGAAAAUGAAAGACGGUAUCCUAAGUUCGAAUUACUUUCGCCAGUUACCGAUUUCCUUACAGAUGGAACUUAUAUUUGAUAUUAAUGUUGGACACUUCCAUGAUACAAUGCUUUUUAGUCAUUGUGAUGAAGCAUUUAUGCGUCAAGUUUCCUUACUAAUGAGACACGAGAUAUAUUUAAGCGGUCAGCAAAUCUGGUGCCAAGGCGUAGUGAAAGGAGGAAUGAUAUGGAUAAAGAAGGGUGUCGUAGAGUUAUUGUCCGAUGAAGAUGAUGAAAGUCCAAUGAUCGCAUUUAAAGAAGGAACCGUUCUUGGAGAGAUAUGUUUAUUUUAUUCAAUUCCAGCGAAAGUAACAAUAAAAGCUGCAACUUAUGUAGAAUUACAGGUGCUACGUCGAACAGAAUUUUUAAGAGCAAUGAACGAAAAUCCAGUUAAACUCAAAGGAAUAAGGGACAAAGUUGAAAGUCGUCUUUCAAAUUCAAAGCGGAGACAAGAAGCAAUAACAAAUUAUGAUAAAGGUGAUUCAAGACUUAUAAGAACACGGUAUCGACCUAUGAAGGUAUUCAAAGAACAUUUAUCUGGACUUGAAGAGGAAGAUUCUACAUUCGUAGAUGAUUCCCAUUUAUAUUAUAGAGAUGAAAAUAACGUUCGUCAAAGAAAGUUUACAACGGAGUACUUGGAGCUUUAUAAAAUUUCUGAGAACGUUACAACGAUGGAUGAACCAACCAUUUGCCUUAAAUCUAAAUUUCCAUGGAUUCUAGAGCCCAAUACUGAUUUUACAUUAAUGUUUGAUAUAGCACAUUUUGUUAUGAUCUUAUAUGUUUGCGUAAUGUCACCGUACUUGGCGAUUCGAACUCACGAGAAGAGUUGGGAAAAAGUGAUGACUACAGUUGUAUUUAGCGGUUUGUUAUUUAAUAUUUACAUACAACUUACUACAGCUGUUGUUGAUAAGAAUACAAUAAAGGACACUGUGAAAGACAUAGCCGAAGUAAAGAUGGCGAAUCUAGGAUUUUACUUAGAUGUUUUAUCGAUAUUUCCUUUGCAUAUAUUUACCGAUACUCUUGACCCAAAAAGGGAAUCAAUUUUAAGUCAAUUAGUGGUGAUGCUACCUAUUCUCCAAGUUUGGCACAUUUGGAGCUACCUGUCUAAAUGGGAAAAAAACUUUAAUGUUAGCGUCAGGUUCAUUUGCUUAUUAAAGUACGCUCUACUAAUCACGAUCUCCUGUUACUGGUCAGGAUGCUUGCUUUACCUUAUUGCUUGUCCAAAGAAAUUGUGCAUAGAUAGAUCAUGGAUGGCUCAAUUGAUCUAUUGGGAGACAAAAAUCUUCGUCACAAACGACGCUAAGCACGAAAAACCUAUAAUAACUGCACUCGACUUCGGAACAUCAAUUUUCACAGGCAGUGGGACUUCGGACUUAGCUCCAGGAAUAAGAGAUCUAAUAUUUGUAACUCUCUUGCUCAUCGCUGGAUCUUACUUAGGUUGUUUUUACAUCGCUAAAGUUUGUAGCAUUUAUUUACUUCUUACACAACGAAAAUUAAAAUUCAAGGAAUCAAUGCGUGAAUUAUUUUAUUUUCUAUCUGUGAAUCACGUGAGCAGCAAAAUUAAAGCUCGCGUUAAGAAGUUCUUCUGUGUGCAAUGGUAUUAUAACAACGCUGUAUCAGCCGAUGAAAUUUUCAAAGACAUAUCUCCGAAUUUACAACAAGAAAUAUUGUCUGUAGAAAUGGUAGACACAUUGCUAUGUUGCACAUUGUUUCAAGAAUCCAGUCAUGAUUUCCUACAAACAGUAGCAGCAAACAUCAAAACAAUUGUACUACCUGAUAACGAAAUCGUACAACAUGCAGGAGAUAUUGGCAGAGAUAUGUAUAUUUUAUCUAAAGGUCAUUGCAAUGUAAUUAAUUACAAAGGAGUGACAGUUAACAAUGGUGGACCUGGAAGUAAGUUCGGUGUAUUCGAAAUGCUAUAUGGACUUCCCAAAGUGUACACUGUAGUUACAUCAACCAAUUGCAUUUUAUUGCAUCUCGACUACCGCACCUUGGUACAGUGCUGGAGUAUAUUUCCUGACAUCAGUCACAUUGUUAUGACGGUUCUUCAUGAUCCUGUAAUUUGUGAGCAAGCUAAAUUAUUUGAAAAUGCAAAACCACUAACUGGUAAACUCGAUGUUAAAACAAACAGAAUAGCUCAAGAAAUUAAAGAGAGUUUCAUAGUUAUAAAUGACCGUGAAGAGAAAACGCAUUAUUUAAAAGCUUUCGAGCAAUUAGGAGUUAUGAGAUUGCUUCGAUAUAUAUUUCUACCAAUAUGUAUCACCCCGCAUGGUAUAUUUUUAAAGUUUUGGUGCACUUUACGAUUGGUUGUAGCCAUCUAUUAUAUUUUAGUCGUUCCUUAUAAUAUUUCAACUAAGCAACAUAAAUAUGGCAACAGUUAUAUUUGGUCAGAUAUAUUCCUGUACCUCGACAUUGUCGUGAUGGCGUACGUCGCGUACUAUGAUGAAAGAUACUUAUUAGUAACACAUCCUUUGCUGACUGUAACACGAUAUUUGAAGCAUGCAUUUGUCUUGGACAUUAUAAGUGUCUUUCCCUUCGAACAAUUGUCGAAUAUUAUAAAUGAACAUUCUGAUACAGACUUGUAUAGAUUGAAUCGCAUAUUACUGGUGACCCGAGUAUUAGGGGCAUUUUCGUAUUGGGAGAAUGAUAUAAUGAGAAUUAAUCAAGCAGUUGUAUUAUUCAAAUUCUUGCCUCUUGUUGCGACUGUGGUCAACUCGGCUACUGCGUUCAUAUUCACCAGUUCCUGUCAGCCAUUCCUUCCUCCAGAUUCUUAUUAUGUCUUAGUGAAUUGUUCGCGAACAUUCGUUAUAUCUGGCAAUACAUAUGAGAUUAAAUAUGCAAUAACGGAAUACGUUCAUACCUUUUAUUGGGUGUUUGAAUUAUUUGUUGGUUGCGGAUGCACACCAAUUGUGCUAUCGAAUAAAGCGGACGUUUGGUUAAGUAUGGCUCUUCAAAUAACAGGAGCUCUUUAUUUCGCUUUUAUGUUUGGAUAUAUAGCAUCCACACAGUCAACUGCAUCCCACGCAUUAUUAGAACAUACUGAACAGACAAGCGACUUGGCUGAUUUUUUAUACCAGCAAAAUGUAGAUCCGACGAUCACUAUGAAAACACUGAAAUACUUCGAAUAUGUUUGGAAAAGAACCAAUGGCAGUAACGCACAGCAAAUAUGUCGAGGACUUAACUCUGCAUUAAUGGAAGAUACUUUAGUUUUUAUGUAUGAGAGAGCAUUAAGAGAGGUGCCGCUGUUCGGUAGAGUCGAACGAUCGUUCAUCAGAGUCAUCACGCAACAUUUACACGAAAUGUACUUUCUUAAAGGAGACACCGUUAUACAAUGCAAAGAUGUACAGAACGAUAUAUUUAUUAUCUAUAGAGGAAAGGUCGACGUGUUAAGUACAUACAACGAAAUGAUAACAUGUAUGGGACCUGGUGGCAUGUUUGGGAAUUUCACCGGGCAAUCAACAUCAUGUUCUGAAGUAGCUAUUUACGCGAGUAGAAGCUUAGACUUGUUGGUUUUACCAAGUCAAACAUUCUUUAAUUUGGUCAAAUAUUAUCCUAAAAUACAAGAACCAUUGCGCAAAGCAUUUGAAGUGUCAAAAGAUUACAUACUACCAAUAUCGAUGGACGUAGAUAGCGAUGAUGAAUCUACAGAAGAUUCCGACUUUGAUCUGCAAUCUCAAGAUUCAGCUAUCGAUUCUAGAAGUGGGUCAAGCCGAUUUGAAGUGCCAGUAGGACAAAUAUCAUUGCGAAGUUCUCAUUCAAACAUCAGUCAGUCUAAAUCAGCAGCUAGUGUUAUAAGCUAUCAGAGUUAUAUGCGUCUGUCGAAUCUGUUCAGACCUGGGACAUUACUGUUUCAAGCAUUCGGAUAUCUGACAUGUAUUAUGGCUACCGCUAACUAUGUACUCAUACUGUACGAGCUUGUCACGCUUAAUGAUUGUUACAUCAUAUUCUGGGUUCAAUCAGCAUUCGAUAUAUAUUUUUACUUGAAGAUCUACACGUAUAUGCAUCAGGGGUAUCUUAAUAAACAUGGAGAGUUAAUAUUGAGUCACUCUAAAUGCCGGCGUAGAUAUUUCAAACACAAACUCUGGGUAUGGACCGAUGUUAUUGCCAAUUUCCCUCUAGAGCUCUUCGGAUUUUGUUUUUCAGAUCCGUUGAAAGCAAUGCACUACUUGCGUGGUACCAAAUUGUUAAGAUUGAAACAUAUAUACGACUUUUAUUGCAAGACUGCCGCUGAAUUAACAAAUAAUCUAACAACUUUACAAUCGAUGACCACAGUUUUCUUGGUGGUACUGUUUAUACAUACAUUUACUUGUAUCUGGCUGGUUACACUGAUCGCGACAUCGCCUUAUCAAUUUAUUAGGACUUUAAAAAUGCAUCUUAUCGACGAAGACACACCACAACAGCGAUGGGAUUACACCACAUCUUUAUAUUUAGUGAUAUCUGAAUUAACUGGAACCGGUGGCGAUGAGAUUCACAUUGGCGAUAUAUUUCCAAUGGCGAUAUUAGUAAUUUGUCUUAUUUGUGGCAAAAUGUUAGCGGCUAUUGUUGUCGCCACUUCUAUACAAAUCGCCUAUUCCACUAAAUAUGCAUUGAAUAGUUACGAAAUGAAAACAGAAGAGUUAAUUGAUCUACUGAGGAACCAAGGGUUAUCGGAUUAUCAAUUAAAAAAGUUUUGGAAAUACGUUCGACAGCUAUGGGUCAACGAACGAGGUCGUCAGUUACCAGAUUUAAUGAUGAAAACACCGUACGUGUUGCGCUGCGACCUCAUGACCGCUAUGUUUGGUCACCAUUUGAGGAACUGUUAUCUUUUUGCUGAAACCGGAGAGCCAUUUCUACGUCAAUUGACCGCUGCAUUGAAUUACACGGUUUUCUUUCCCGGUAACUACAUAGUGGUGGCAGGAGACAGCGAGGCAUGUAUGUUUUGGGUAGCGUCAGGCGCAGUGUCUGUGGUCUCGGUGCGCGCAGAUCUCACGGAGACUACACACGAGACACUCAGCGCUGGCGACGCGUUCGGUAUGCUGCAGGGACUGAAUCGAGGCGUAUCUCAUUACUUCUCAUAUAGAGCUGAUACUAAGGUGGGUAUUUUAACUUUAAGUCUAGAUUCUUGGAUUAACAUUCUACCUUACUUUCCUACUGCUCAGAAAAUUAUUUCGGAAAGAUCAGAAGUCUUAUUUGCCCAGAUUUAAAGAUAUAUUUUUUUAUGUUUAAACAUAUGUACUAUUUAGUUUGAGUAAAUAAAAAUAUGUAAUAACUGCAUAUUAUACUUUUA